GAUAAUAUGGAGGCGAUGGAAGAGAUUUGGGGCUGUGGCAUAGAGGUUUGAGAUUGUGGCAUUUAAACUUGUUCAAGAUUUGAUAACCUUCCUCCAUUCAACCAACUUGUCGCCCAUAGUUUCCUGAUCUCAAAGACAUGAAUGUAGAAUUUCAGCGCGCUACUCCCGAAGUUCAAAGUUUCAAUUUUGAUUAAGAUCUCUAGGGACUAGAUUGUAUGUGAGAAAAUGGCUAGCAGCAGCAACAGCAAAGGGGCACCAGUUGUGAUUAUAGGAGCCGGAAUUUCAGGUGAACUCAUAAUGGAAGAUUCGUUAACGGGACCUGACUGACAACAUCUAGGCAUAUGUAUGGCAGUUGACCUAAUACGUCGUAACGGAACUCGAAACUUCAUAAUAAUUGAAAAGUCAAGUGAUGCUGGAGGUACCUGGAAUGACAAUCGUUAUCCUGGAUGUUGCGCUGAUGGUGAGUUCACACCUCAAAUGCCAAUAGUGUCAUCAUCCAUUGUAUUCUAAAUUUCGACAGCGUGGAGUCAUCUGUAUUCAUAUUCAUUUAAUCCGAAUCCAGAUUGGAUGUGCACCUAUCCCACACAAAGAGAGAUCCACGCGUAUUUGAGUAGCACAGUUCGUCGAUGGGAUCUUUUCAAGCACAUAGUUUUCAAUACUACUGUUGAAAGUGCGGAAUGGAGUGAUACGGAGAAGAUAUGGCGGGUUGUAGUUACGUCUACAAGCUAUGAUAAGAAAGAGGAGUGCCAUCAGGACACGAUCAUCACUCCUUUUCUCGUGUCUGCCGUGGGACAGCUCAGCAUACCAUCCAUCCCCGAUAUAGCUGGGCUUGACAAUUUCAAAGGAAAGGUCAUGCAUUCUUCGAGGUGGGACGAAAGUCAGGAACUUAAAGGUAAAAGAAUUGCAAUUUUUGGGAACGGAGCAACAGGCAUUCAGAUGAUUCCAGGAAUUGCGAAACUCGCAUCGCACCUAACAGUCUUCCAGCGUACACCAAACUGGGUCUUACCUAGAAACAACCAGAAUAUCUCCCUCGCUCAAAGGUUGGUAUAUAAAUUCUUUCCUCAUAUCCGCGAGCGCUAUCGAGAAAGAUUAAUGGUCUCUCAAGACCAGGUACAUGAUAUGAUUAUCAAGCCAGAAGUUGGCGAGUUUGUAAAAAGUUUAAGCCUGGAUAUGAUGAAACGUCAAAUUCCGGGCAACGGAACUUUGCGCGAAAAGCUAACACCUAACUACCCCUAUGGAUGCAAGCGGGUCGUCUUGAGCGAUGAAUUUUAUCCCGCCAUGAAUCAAGCACAUGUUGAAUUGGAAACUAGGCCAGUGGAUCGCAUUACUGAAAGAGGCAUCAUCAUUGAUGGCGAAGAAACUGAUUUUGAUAUCUUGAUUCUAGCCACAGGAUUUCGCACAACAGAAUUUAUGCACGGCAUCAAUAUCGUAGGCAAUGAUGGGCGAGAUAUCAGAGAUAUCUGGCGUCAAGGUGGCCGCGCCUACCUUGGGAUGACAGUGGAAUCCCUUCCGAACUUUGCCAUGCUUUACGGGCCCAACACAAACCUUAGCCAUUCUUCCGUGCUUCUAAUGAUCGAGUCACAAGCUCGGUAUAUCAGCGCAAUGAUCGGAGUUGUUCAGUCUGCGGUGUCAAGUGCUGAAAAUCUCGUCUUUACAGUGAAAAAAGAGAGAGUGGAAGCUUACAAUCAGGAGCUGCAGCUACGACUUCACGAGACUGUUUUUGCGCACCGGGGCUGUAGCAGCUGGUACAAAACGAAAGACAACAUUGUCACUAAUAACUGGCCUGAUAGGGCAGCGAAAUAUCAACAGAUGCUGAUGGUCUUGAAUUGGAACGAUUAUGAAGUUUUGGGAACUUGGCCCAAGGGCAGCUCAAAGACAGAUGUUAAACAUUUUGGACUUUCAAUUGAGGAGGAACUGAGAACUCGAUUUCAACCCCAAUAUAUCCUUGGAAUAUUAGGCAUUUCUAGUCUCUGUAUGGCGAUUUGGAGGUAUAGAUACUAGGUAAAAAAUUUUUAUAAACCACCAAAAUCAUUGAAUAAGUCGAUAUUAAAAAUAUUAAACACUCUGAAUCUAAACUUGCAGACCUCAUUUUGGAAUCCUACCACAACCUAUUUUGCAGAGUCCUAUUAGGCAAAUUAAUCUACUAAAAAAAAUCCAUUAUAAAAACAGAUGAACUCGAAUGCCCAAAAAUCUACACUGCGACUGAUAGUCCUUGAAAUUGGUUUUCGCACGAAUAAUCUCGGUGCCUCAGCUGAUAAUCAUUCGGAUGUAGCCCAGAAUCGCUGGAACCCUCCGCGCCCUGCAUAACUGCGCCACCGGCUUAUUAUUCAUUUACCAAAAGCGAGCCAAAUGGCAUGCUGACUGCAGUAGCAACUCCAGUUUUGAUUAACUGAAAUCAAAAAAAUUAAGUGGGGAGUAGCUGGCUGCAUGAAUGCAGUGAAGUGGGUAUUCCCGUUGUCCACUUUUGGA